AUGAAUAUGUUGGAUGAUGAAGAUGACCAAAGCUUUCACGCUACGCGUGACGGCUACUCCCAUUUGAGCGAUGUCGAAUGGGAUGCGGUUGAACGGAUGGGUUCAACCAUGGGAAUCCAUGCUGUUAGCGUCAUGCUAGAGGCUCUCAAUAGAGAUGCCCAACAUGCUACUAUCGCCAAGUUCAUUCAAAAUGAACUUGACGCUGAACGCGAGAAAUUUGAGCUGUUGAGACAGCAGCAGGCUGCUGCUGGUGGGUCGAUGCACUCGCGUCGACCCGAAACCUUGAAGAUUGACAUCUCCAAGUAUAGGGGAGUCGAAGAGGACUCCCUCUUGAGAUGGUUCGUCGAAUUGGAUGAAGCCAUAAGGGCGCGUCGCAUCGACGACGGGGAAAUGCAAGUUGCAUUUGCCCAGUCAAAUCUGGCAGGACGUGCCAAGACUUGGGCACUGGGGCUCAAGUUGCACGACCCAUAUGCGUUUGGGUCGUUGGAAGUCUUCACCGCGGCUCAGACAAACGUUUGA